AUGAGAAUUUUGCAGUUUGUAUUUAAAACUAAAAAUUAUGGACGGAUUAGAGGUAGUAUUAAUUCUUUUGUGGAAAACACUACAGUUCAAUACAGUUGGUGCAAGUAUUAAUUAAUAUAUCAAACAAAUUUAAUAUUGCUAUGAUCGAAAUCAAAUAAUCAAUAUAAUAUAAAUAUCAAUGCAAAUAUUGCAUGCUUAAUAUUUCAAAAAUUAAAUAGAAAGAGACCAUCAAAACUGUGCAGCCAAUAUCUUGAUUGGACAACUCUAACUUUCCAAGAAUUGGCCAGUGUGAGUUGGCCCUUGAGUUGAGUAGUUGACCACCAUGGGCCAGGGUGCAUUUUAAAAGUAGCCUACGCCGAAGAUCUUCGGCGUGAGUUUGGCAAAUUACAAUACUAUCUAUAGUUAAUAGUGGCGUAUCUUCGGCAUAGACUUUACAUGGAAUGCACCCUGGACCAUGGGCCACCACCAGGCAAUUAAAACCACGACUGCAGGGUCUUACCCUUGUUCAUACCAUAAUUUUUCAUUUCCUGUUUCAGAUCUGACCCCAAAUUAUAUACAUUCUAUAAAUAUAAUACUGCCAUAAUGCAGACAUUUCAACUCUCCCGAUUUUACCGGGAGUCUCCCGAAAAUUCAUGCUAUCUCCUGGUCUCCCGAUUUUUAUGAAAUUCUCCCGAUUUUUCAGAAUAUUCAGGAAAUAUCGUAAAAAAUCAUAAACAUACUGUUUUUAGCACCAUAAUAGUCUGUCUUGACCUUUUUAUGAAGUUACUUUAUGGCAAUUCAUAGGAUCACUUAUAACAACAUACUCCCAAAAUGCAGGAAACGCCAUUUCAGAAGACUUAAUUUUUAUUAUUUUUUUUCCAGAAGUACUAGAUUUCAAUUCAUCAGUCUCCCUAAAUUUUACCUCCAGUAGUUGGAAUGUCUGAUAAUGUCAAAGCAUUCAAAACUUCUACCACCCCCUUCAUACUGUAGAAAAGACAUGACAAAAACAAUUAAAAAAAAUAAAUUUCAAAAACAAUUUCGGGCCCGCAGUAAUUGGCUCACGCUGUUGCGGUCACCCUGCCUAUAAUCAUGUCUAUUAUUCUUGUUCUUGUUAUAGUUUUGUGUAUUGUAUAAUAUGGCGAAACUAAUAAAUAAAAUAAAUAAAUAAAAUAAAAUUACCCUUCAGACUAUUAAGAUUCAGUUAUUAUACAUAAUUGUUUAUUUGACAGGCAUUCUAUGUAGAUCUUGUUUUAACACAUCAACCAAACACCUGAUAAUAUCUGAUAAUGUCUUGGAAGAACAAAAACAUGAAUUUAUUAAAAAAAUGGAACAAUUAUCAUCUCAACAGCCAGCCUUGAAUAAAGAUGCAGUGUUAGCUGGGGUAUUGGUUCCAUUUUGUUUAGUGGAUGACAAACCAUCUAUAUUGUUUACAAAGCGAUCACAUAAAAUUGUACGGAAUAAGAGUGAUGUAAGUUUUCCUGGUGGAAAGAUGGACAAUAAAUUUGAUAAAAAUAUUAUUGACACUGCACUAAGGGAGACAAUGGAAGAAAUUGGUGUGCCAAAAUCAGAUAUUGAUGUAUGGAUAGAAAUGAAGCCAACUAUUGGAACCACUGUAAGAAGUUGCAUGUUUUUUUAUGACUCUUGUAAAGAGGAACGUCAUUUAAUUAUGACUUGUUUGCUUUGACAGGAUGCCUCUAUAAAUAUUGUGCCAGUAUUUGGCUUUAUUUCCAAUCUUGAUCUAUCCAAACUUGUCAUUGAUCACAACGAGGUUAGUUCAGUACAGUUUCACUAGAUCCAUUACAGAGUUUUCAACAAGAUCUUACAAACUUACAAAUUAUUCUAAGGACAGCAGUUGAAGGUGUACUGUAUGAAUGGGUCAGAUUGUCUUUGACUUGCAUUAAAAUGUUUCUUACAAAAGAUUCACUAAUUAUUUUUACUGUUUUCUAGGUCUCCUCUGUUUUCACUGCAACAUUAGAGGAUUUAUGUGAUCCUGAAAAGCAAGCUUAUACCAAGUUUAAAAAUGGUGUAGUCUAUCCAUUGUUCUACAAAGAACCUUAUAAAAUCUGGGGAUUUACAGCUGUUAUUUUAGAUUUUUGUCUUGCAAAUCUUCUACCAGAUUUUUAUUCUCUUUGCUACAGACGAAGAAAAAGGUGAACUGCUAUAUAUUGUUCAUUGUUACUUCUAGGUUUGUUUUGAUUUGUGGAGAAACAACAUCACAUUUCAAUAUAUCUAAAAAACAUUUAUUCAUUUCCAUUCUAUGUUUUCUUAUUACAAUUACAUUGCUAACAAUGAAUGUCUUUCUGGUGCAGUGUUUCUAUGCCAAUUUCGUAAAUGAAGAUCCUUGUUCACUUGAUGGGGAUGAAGUUUGCUUGACCAUCUUUGCGGUGUCGACUUCAAGGGCGUGGCUUUCUUUCUCUCUGUUGUGAUGGGAGGUUGCUGAUUAACAAAUGAUUGCCUGUAUGUUGUAGCAAAUUCACCAAUAUUCUCAAGUGCUUCCUGCUCUUUCCAUUUCUUUAAAAGUUUUUGGUAUAAUCCAUAGUUUGUUGGUGCUCCUAAAAUAUUGAGAUAUUACAUCAAUUGUUACGCUUCAAAGACAUGUAAAAGUGCAUUAAUUAAAAACUGGUUGUGUUUAAUAAUAGUCAGUGGAGAACGAAAACAGAGAUUUUUGACAUAUGUGAAAAGAUCCAUGAGGGGAUACCAUUCUGUAACAAAAUAAUACAAAUAUUUUGUGGCAUGUUUUAAUAAUAUAUAUUCCACAUAUGAUAUGUGUAGCCUUGUCAAAACUAUUUAGUUGAUAAUACUGUACGUACCUUGAAUUGGAAAGUCUGAUUUCUCUGGAACAUAUGCCAGAACUUUUCCAUCCCAUUUUCUCAAUGGUGGUAGUUUUGAUUCUUUUUGUCCACGGUUGUUGAAUUGUUGAUCAUACCAUGAGAUACAGUUGCCUUCAUAAUUAUUAUCAUGGUGGGAAAGAAUGUAACGUUUUCCCACACCCUAAAUGAUCAGAAACGUGGAUACAAAUUAUGAUGGUGUGUUAUUCAGUAUUUUGAUAGCAUAUUUUUGAUGUUGUAUGUAUUCAGUGAUAAUACUCAGUGUGGUAAAAUGUAAAAUUCCCUUGCUAACUACUCACAUCAUUUCUUAUAACGCUCUCUCUUCGAAUAGUUGUGUCUGGUCUGAAAUUUCCAUAAUUUUUGAAGUCUGUCCGAUGUGUGCUGCUGUAGUGACUUUUACCACGUUCAAACUAUAGUUAACAAAAAGUAAAGUAUGUGUAACGUGCUGUAGUAUAUAUGGGAAUAUUUUCUCUCAACCUAAAUGGAAUAUAAAGAACGCUAUAUUUAAAGAUCAUUAUCAAAUUGAUGGCAAAUAAAUUAUGAUCGCUUACUUUUCUGCGCUCUUCAUCCCAAUUCCCAAGCAAAACAUUAUUAUUAUAUCUAGAUUCUAUCCGCCAGCCCGGUAAUUUCCACUUUAAAGCUGUUUCUCCAGCCAUAAUUUACUUAAAAAUAAAUACUAUAAUAUCUUGAUUGAGUUUUUUUCAACUAUAUAUGAUCUAUUGUUAUUGUUUGGUGUUGUCAUGGUAACAAUAACCAUAGUUACGCUGUGUGACGUUGUGUAGGGGAUAUGUUGGGAUAAAUACAGUGGAUGGAGAGUAG